AUGGAUAUUGCAGAAAUCGAUUCAAGUGAUUAUUCAGAGGAUGACAGUGCUGUAUUGUUAACGGAAAAAGUUGAAGACAACAUCUUUAAGACCCUCUUAAAAAUUAAAAACAAAGAUCCAGAUAUAUACAAUAAUGAACAUGUCUUCUUUAAUGACUCUGAUUUUGAUGCUGCGGAAGAUAAUGAUUCCAACAAAAAAGAAAAACCCUAUACUUAUGGCGAUAUGUUGCGCGAAACUCUUAUAGCUGAAGGAUCAGACUUUCUUCAGAAGGAUGAAUCGAGCUUUGAAAAACAAACCUCGUACAAUGAUGAACAGGAAAUGCUUAAAAAGGAAUUUUUGGCCGCUUCAAAAGAUCUAGACUCGGAUGACGAUUUUUUUGUUAAAAGUAAUGAUGCAAAUAUACCAGAAAUCCAACCUCUACCAGCUUCCAAAGAAAGACAAUUAAAUAUUCGAGAACAUGAUUUGAUAUCAAAAUUUUGGUCAUCUGAGAAACUUGAUGAAAACGAAGAGUUUCUUAAGGAUUACAUAUUGAACCAACGAUGGAGAGAAGAUCGUAUUGAUAAUUUUACGUAUUUGGAUUCAUCUAAACAACUUGAUAUGGUGGAUGAAGAAUAUUUGGAAAAGGCUGAGGAAUUUGAACACAAGUAUAACUAUAGGUUCGAAGAAGAGGACGGAUCAAAGAUUAUCACAUAUCCACGUAACAUUGAGGACUCACUUAGAAAAGUGGACACAAGAAGACGUGACAAACGUUUGGAACGAAAACAAAGACGUCUGGAGGCAAAAAUUCAAAAGGACGAAGAGAUUAAGAGACUAAAAAACAUCGACAAACUAAGGCGAUUGCAAGAUAUAGGAGAUAUGGCUGGUGUAAAACUAGAUGAAAAUAUUAUAGAUUUAGAUGCACCUUUUAAUCCUGAACAACACGAAAGAGAUAUGAAGAGAAUUUUGGGAAUAGGAUAUGAUCGUGAUGAGAAAGAUGACUAUGGUUCUGAGGAGGAUCCAGAACUUUGGUGGUUGUGUGACCAUUGCAACAAGGGAAUUCAGGUAGGACAUAUGCAUUUCGACUGCAAAAUUUGCGAAAACUACACACUUUGUAACAGUUGCUUGGAUAUAGCAAAUCAUGAACAUAAAGAUAUGACUCCAAAGAAAGUUCCUUUAAUUUGUGCUCCACCAGAUGAUGAUUCAGAAACAGCAGAUUGUUACAGGUUUGAUUAUGAAGAUAUAGUAGGCGAUAUGCCUGUAAGAUUCAAGUAUCGCAAAGUUGACCCGAUCAAUUGUGAUAUAAGAACUGUUUUAGAAAAGACUGAUAAAGAAUUAAAUUCUAUUAUGCCGCUGCAUAAAUUAAUUGCUUAUGAUGUUCCAGGGGUGACAGAAAGGUGGCAUAAAAAGACUAGGGAGAAUGCAGUUAAAAAAAGUAAAUUCAGUAGAAUAGAUCGUAGGAUGACAAAAUACAAUGUCAACAGAGAUAGAUUAGAAGCAUUCGGGUUAUCUUACAAUCAAAAACCAAAGAAAAAACUUAAAACUUAG